UGAUUCGAUAUGGGCCUUUGCCAAACUUUCCACGAGAAACAAUUACGAGAAGUAUAUUUAAUCUGAAAUGGAUGAGAAUAAUACAGUACUCAAAGGGUGCAGGUAUCCUCUAUUAAAGCACAUUUACAAUACUGAAAACAGUCCUAGAAAUGGUUUUCCCAACGAUUUUACGGUUGUAUUUGAUACUUACUGUCUUCAAAUAAUUACAAGCCCAAAUAUGAGUGGAAAAUAGAUACAUAUCAAGCAAUUUGCUUUGAAAAUGAUUCUUGAGCACAUUGAAAUGCUUGUGUCUGCUGAAUAUUCUUCAUUGAAAAUUAACAAGUCCCUCUCUACAAAGGUAUCCCACGAUCUCAGCGAGCCAAACAUGUCCACAUUCAGCAUGGAGAUGCAAGAAAUGUCAUUUGUUUUACAGAAUGCAAACAAAGACUCCCUGAUUAUAGUCGAUGAGCUUGGCAAAAAAAACUGGUUACAAAGAUGGUAUCUCCAUAUGUAUAAGUAUGCUUGAAAGGAUUUGGAUCCUAAAAAGUACAUGUCUUUUUGUCUAUCUUGUAAAGAUUCCCAAAAUAUUUAAGAACAAACCAUGAAUAUCUGAAAUGCAUUUAGGGCUCAGUAAUAGCAGCAGCAAUAAGUUUGGGAUAAUACCAGGCAUCAAUUGGGUUU